AUGUCUAUUCCUGAGUUUCUGAUUGGUCUGCAAGUGUAUUUCAAUGGAAGAAAUCCUGUAGUGGAAUUCAAAAUUCCAGAUGACACCACAUCUCUUGCAAGGUUGAAAGAAAAGAUGAACGAAUUGCUAACUGAUUCGGAUAACAGGAGGGUGACAAAGAUCGAGUUUUUGGAGGACUGGAUUGAUACAAAUGGAAGGGUGAAAUACAAUCUAAUCGAGUUGAAGGAUGAUGAAGAUGUGAAGGUCAUGUGGAAAUCAUUUCGCCGUAGGAUAACGAAAGGUCUGAUCGAGUUGGAUGCUCAGAUCCAAAGAUCCGUUGACGAUAUAAUGAAGAUGCUGAAACGUCCUGAAUCUUCUGGUAGUGCUUAG